GCACAUGCACUGCAUAUCGUGCAUGUUUGUUCGAAUGAUUAUUUCCAGAUUCUCGAUGUGUGAAUUAUUCUGGUUUUACAACCGAUGAAAAAUAUCAUCUUUAUAAUAAUUUAGAUAAAUAUUUAAAGGAAACAUAAUUAGUACUAUAAACACUUGGAACAGUAUUCGGAAAUCCUAUCUCGAGUUGGAACGAUUUUGGGAGCAUAAAUGACCAGCAGAGUUGAACGGUGCGAUCCCGAUUCGGAACCUACUGUUGAGUGGGAUACCUUUUGUCGAUUAUGUUUCGAUGAAGCCAACGAUAUGGUGUUGCUUUUUCCGGACGAUGAUAUGCCUGACCGUGAUCUGCUUUGGAAGAUCUUAGAAUGUGCCACCUUGAAGCUCACAUUUACCGAGGAUUCAGGAGCUCAAAUAUGUCGGAAUUGUAUAGACAAGAUUGGUCAAUUCUGUGACUAUCGCAUGCAAUGUCUUAGAAAUGACAGGAAAAUAAAAGCUAAACGCCUACAGAACCGAACAAUUUCACGAAACAUGGAGGAAUGGCCUGAAGAACGACACACACCGGAAUUACUGCUAGAGCAUCCACAACAACAUGAUGAUGAUCCGCUAGAUAAUUUUGAAAAUUGUUUCAAUGGAAGCAAUGGUAUUAGGGAAGACGUUGAGCUAAAGCAUCCCAUUAUAAAAUUCAGCGAAAGUGUUAAGCAAGAGUUUGCGUCAGAGUACGAACGCCCGUUGAAUUUAUUGCAGAAGCAUGCCGUAGAAGAUAUUGAUCAAGCGGCGGAAACUAGUGAAAGUACCGAAAACCAGCAGCUUCAAUUGAAACUUAAAAAGAAACGAACAAGGAAGAUUCUACUUUACGAAGGGCACAGCUACCAACUGUUAUCAUCUAGGCCGAAAUGGGACUCGAUAACGUGGGGAUGUCUAUGGCGCAAAGCAAAAGAUUGCAAAGGUACAAUAGGUACCAAAGCCAGUGGUCAAAUUCUCGGCAACGUGUUGCCACAUCACAAUCAUACACCAGAGAUAUACAAAGGCAAAAGGUCAAAAGCCGUUCUAAUUCAUGCUUUUCGAGAGGUGGAAAAUAUUUACAUAGAUGAGCCUUACGAGAUUGUGAAAAAUCGUAUAGGCGGGGAUGUGCUCAUGUACGGCGGCGACAGGUAUCCAUACUCGCAUAGUCGCAAGGACGGUUGCCGUAUCUGGAAGUGUGGUUCUCAUCGCAAUUGUACUGUUUCUAUCUAUCUGUGUCCUGACGGAAGAAUUUAUAAAUUAGCCAACAGCAAACAUGCCGAAGAGAAACUUCAAUCGAAGCGCAGACGAACAUUAGACAAAAAUUCGCACAGUUUUACUGAUUUAUCAGCCAAUAUUGAGGAAAUGUACCCAAAUCCAGUGGGGACAUUCAAUUAUAAAAUUAUCAAAAACACCAACAAGCGCAACGUUCUAAUAUACGAAGGCGACCGGUAUAGUUUCUACUAUAGGAAAACCAAUGGUUGGAUCGUAUGGCGAUGUACGGUCUCGCGAGCGUGUCACGCUAUGAUUUAUCAGCUUUCGGAUGAAUCCGUCGUCGUUUUGGGAGAGACAACGCAUGACCAUUUGAAGAUUGCGGUUAGCAUCUAAGUAAUACACACAAAUUAUUGAAUUUCAA